GGCCCCGCCUCUUUAUGAACGUCACGGACCCCACACACGCCUCUCGUGAAAUCAUGCUCGGCGGUUCCGAGGGGCACGAGAUAGCGACCGCGUGCGCUCAGUUUUGACUUUUAAAAAUAACGACAAUCUGUAAACGUUAAACGACCAGACGCCUCACAUGUAACAGAUAUACAUAUCGGAUCUACUUUAUUAACAGCCACGUAAACGGUGUUCAAGACGUCAGGAUCGCUGUGUUUUAAAACGAUCAACAUUUCAGAAGUCCCGCACUGGAAGAUGAGCAGCCGAGCUUUCUGAAGCAUCAGUCUGUAAGCACCUGCGGCGAUGAGCUGGGCCGGAGACGACUGGACCGUGGGUCUGACGGGUCACGUCCUACAGAAGGUUCAGCAGCUUCAGGCUCAGAAUGAGAAACUGAACAAGGAAAAGCAGCAGAGGCAACUGCAGCUGGGCAACUCGGAAGCAGCUCUGCAUAAACAGAAGCAGAAGUAUGAGGAGGUGCGUGUGGAGCUGGCCGCGGUUCAGAGGGAGCUUGGAGGAGUGCGUGAAGCAGUGCAGGUGGAGGUGCGGGCCAGAGAGCGUCUGUCUCACGACCUGCAGGUCAAAACAGGUCAGGUGCACUCGCUGGAGGGACAACUCGAAUCUGCCAGAAAGCUGACACAAAACCUCACACAGGAGAUCAAACGGCUUGAGGCGGAGCUGGAAAAGCUGCAGAAGGGAAAUGGCUCUGGGGAAUCCAUGUUGUUUUCCACACCUUGUUGGAACAUGAGCUCUCCCUGGGACAACAACGGUGGUUUCAGAGCAGAGAGUGAAAGCAAAACACAGCAUGCCAGACAGCAGCUGCAGUUUGGAGACGUCCCCAAGCCCUCAGUGGGUGGGGCUUCCUCCCCGUUUCCACAGCAACCUCAUAAAUCCCCACCCCUUCGGCGCAACAUCCGCCAAUCGGAACCGUCCACCCCCUCCUCUGUGUUUCCAUGGGAACGUGAGGAUUUGUGGUCCACUCCCAAAGGACGACCAGCUUCCUCGGUUUCAUCCAGUGAUGUCAUAAUCAAGAACAGUGACUCAGGGAUGGAAGAAGCCUUGAGGAAUGAGAUAGAUGAGCUGCGUGUGCGUGUAUCAGAUCUACAGCGUGAGGCACAGCUGGAGUCUGAGCGCUUGAGGGACAUGGAGUCUCGCCUGGCUCAGGCUAACAGAGAGAUCAGCACCAAAGAACAGAGCCUGACACGCACGCAAGACCAGCUGACCCGUGCACAGACCCGCAUCACACAAGAGACUGACCGGGCCCAAGCUUCUGAGCAGAAAGUGAAGCAACUUCAGGAGGAACUGAAGUGUCAAAUGCAGAAUACUGAAACCAGCCGCUGCAACGCAGAGCAGCGCAGGAAAGACAUGGAAAGAGAACAUCAGAGGGAGCUGUUGGAGCUGCAAAGAGAGAGACAGGCUCUGGAGAGACAAAAUCAGCAGGAGAGCAACAGACUCAACCAGGAGAUCCAGCAGGCCAGAACACUUCACAACACGCUGCAGGCUCAGCACGACAAGGUGUGUUUGCAGAAGCAGAGUUUGGAGAGAGAUCUAGAGGAUGUGAGAGGAAAAUUGAAGAACACAGAGUCUGAUCUGAAAGAGAGUCAGAAGAGAGAGACACAGACUGAGGCCAAACUCACGGAGGCGCUGAGGGAUUGUGAGAGUCUCACUGUGUCUCUGGGGCAGAUGAAGAAACAGGAGAAAGCUCUAAAGGAAGAAGUAAAGCGUUUGACUGAAGAGCUUGCUGAGGCCCUCAGGCUCAUUAAAGAACUUCAGGCUCAACUGGCUGCUCCUCCUCCUCCAGCUGUGGCCGCUCCUCACUUCAGCUCUGCAGGAGACUGCUUCUCUCCUUCUGUUUCCCUUCAUCAUGACCGCUCUCCUCCAUACAGCAACUCCUCUCAGAGAAAGAAAGCCCCUAAAACAGGGCGAACAAGAGAAGAGGACAGAAUGAAGUACCCCUCCGGCAGAGAGCCAGGAGAGGGCAUCGACUCAGAGCACAUUGGAAAAUUUGAGUCUGAGGAAUCACAGGAAUUUAAAGGAAGAGGAAUCCGAACACAUCCAAGUGACUCUCUGAGACUGAGUGAGACUGAUGUAGAGACCUCAGUGACAGAACAAGACACGGGUAUUGAAGAUGUGGAAACGGACUCGUUCACGUCUGAGUCAACCAGCGGCACAAUGCCUAAAAGUGAAUCGGCCAUCUCUUGCAGCCUACAGAUAGAUGACACAUCAGGCAAAACAGAAAAACGUGACUCUGCACCUCUAAAAGAUCUGAAGAAGGAGAACGCAGAACUUCAUGAUGAACUUAGAGAUGUGAAAUAUGAGCUUCAGAAGCGACUUGAAGACCUCGAAACCCAGAGAAGAGCUGAAACCGAGGCUAGGACCAAACUGAAACAGUUGAGCCGGAAACACUCGACACAGACAGAGCAGCAACAUGCCAAAGCUCUUGAACUCAACGACAGCGUGACAAAACUGGAAGCCCAGCUGGAGCAAGAGAAGAAAGAGAGCACAAAACUGAGAGAAACUCUCGAUGCGCUAGAAAGAGAAGCUGAGAAGAAGCUAGAAGAGAUAGAGAGAGACCAGGAAGAAGGUACCCAGCUGAAGAACGUCUUGGCUGAAAUGGAGCAAAAGGAGACUUGCAUGGAGGACGAAAUGACAAGAAUGAAAAAGGACUUGCAAGACCUUCAGCUCAAGCUUGCACAGGAACGGGAGGAAAGAGAGAGGGAGAGAGAAGAGGAAAGGAAACGGAUCAGAAAAGAGGAAUUGGAAGGACUAAAGAUUGCACAGCUUCAAGAAGAGCUGGACAGUCUUCGAAAAUCUAGGAGUUUGGAAGAGAAGAUUUCAAAAGACAAUCUUCCCCUCACAUAUUUACAACUAGAACACCAUCCAAACACCAAUAAAAAUCCUGCUGUUAUAGAAAACAAAGACUUUGUUCUUUCUCCAGACAAUCAAGAGUCCAUCUGUGAUUCUGUGAACCUUCAGAACACAAUGGUCUGCAAAGAAACCAGAACAAUGGAGCUGAUUAUGGAUCUUGGAGCACAAACUAAACCAACAGAGGACAAGACCUUUGCUGCAGAGAUAGGCAGUAUUCAAGCAUUGAGCAAAGAUGCCUCAGAUUUGGACAGCACUACCGUUUUAGUUUUAGAGCUGGAGCGCCUGAGGGCAGCACGAGACCGAGAGUCAGAUAAGGCGAAACUAGCUCAAGGAAAGCUGGAGGACCUACAGAAGCAAGUGACCACUCAGACCAAGAACCUUACCCAAGCUUUUGAAAGCCAGAGCAAGCACAUUGAGAACCUGCUGAAAGAGUUGCACGAUAAAGACUGCGCCCUCGAGAAGCAGAGCAAAGAAUUGCAAAAAUGUCAAGAGAAAAUCUGUCGUCUUGAAGAAAAACACACUAGGGUGACCAUUACCCGCAAUGAGGUCUCUACGCCUCCUGAACUGUCUUCAGAGAUCUCAAGAGAACUAAGCUGUGAUUCGGUCUUCAGCAAUACAAGCAUAAGCGACCAUGAAAUGUUUAGUGAUGAUACACAACCGGUUCUGAAGGAAAAGGUCUCACGGCCUACUGUACAGCUUCCUGUUAGUCAAAACAUUGACCAAACCAACACUAGUAAGAUAUCUGAUAAGCUACAAGCGACUGAAGCUUCCAAGCCACAUGAAUUAUGUCUCACUUCAGAUGUACAUUGUGGAAAUGCUCCGAAUUCUAGUGCUGAUUCAGGAGCACCCAGUCUUUCUGAGGUAACUGAUGCGAACACAAGUUCUCUAUUGCAAAACGAACAGUUGGAUGUACUUAACUUCCAAAAUCACGUUCCAGAACCUUCCACAGGUGCUAUCAAAGAGCUAGAACGAGUAAUAAAGGAAUUACUGGAUGCUCAGCUUGAGCUGAAUGUGUUGAAGGCUCAGAAUUCAGAGCUUGCUCUACAGGGAGAUGUAAUAAAGGAAGAGCUUCUGACUGUUAAACAAGAGAACGAAGAGUUUAAAUUGAAACUGAAACACUUGGGUAAAGACACUUGUGCUAAACAAGAUGGUGCCUCACUUUUAGUGAACACUGAAAAUGAAGAAUUGUCAAGCACAAAGGAAGGGUUACAAAGUGGCUCUCCAUUAGGACAGGAGGAGUUGAUUGUUCUUCAUGCUAACUCCAAAGCAGAGGUUCAGUCUCUUCAGGAGCAGAUCCAGGCAUUACAAGAGCAAAUCCAGCACCUCUCUGAGCAGAACAGGACACAAGCUGUAGAACUAGAACUCUGGAAGCUCUCAGAAGAAACCGUGGGCAACAACUCACCCUCCAUCGUGCUAAAAGAGUUUGAGCUGUACCUCCCCUGCAGUCCCAGAAAGCUGCACACAAAGUCCCAAAUGCCAAGAACCAAGAUGCACCAGUGCACUGUCAAAGAUGUGACAAAUCGAUCUGGAUUAGCCAACACAAAUGACCAAACCAACUUGGGGGAGCAUGUGUCACCUGAAACUCAAAUGACACACUAUGUGAGAGAAUCUCAAGGACCUGAUAAGGAUCUUAUGACUGGAAAUGUGAAUGUAAUGACCAAAGAACAUGCUCAACCCAAAUGUGAAAGCAGCUCUGUUAACAACAAAAGUCCUCCUGUCUGUGUCUCAGAUAUAAUGAGUAGUAACACUAAAGACAAGCCGUCACCUCCACAGACCAAACCAACAGAUUACAGUAAUUCAGAUUCUCAGACAGUUGCCUCAGUGUCUCCCGAGGAUCAGACCAAAGCAGCAGGUGCUAGUACGAACAGCCAGGAAGAUGCCUUAAUCAGUGUUUCCAUCUCAACCAAAUAUCAGACCGAGGUAAUCAACUCAAAUCCAAUCACAGACUCCUAUGGGACUGCAGACUCCCAGAAUUCUGGUGUGUUAUGCCCUGGGCAUAAUGAGAUUGAAACUAUGGAAACUGUUGAUUCGGAUAAACACGGACAUUGUCAUGGAGAAACAACAGAUAAACAGAACAAACAUGCGGAAAAGCCAAUCAAGAAUGAAUCUGCUCCAUGUAAAAUGGAAGAGGUCAGCAAGGUCAGAACAGGGGUGAAGAGUGUAUCCACUCAGACAGAAGAGAGCCAAGAUCUGAUUUUGGGGGACAAACAGCCACCCGUCCACGCCUGCACCCAAGUAGAUGGAGAACAGCUGGAGACGGUGGAAGAUAAAGGCCAUAAAGAGCCUGCAGACUCGCCGCCCCUCGCUCCGACCCCACAGUCUGUUACAAAGCAACUGCUCUUAUCCAGCGCGUUCCCCAUGAAUGACCCAGCUCACCUCGCUGAACGCAUCCGGCAAAACCGCAGCCGCAUGUCUGUCGCUUACGACGAGACCGAAUAUGAACCGUAUGGCCUGCCAGAGGUUGUCAUGAAAGGAUUUGCUGACAUUCCCAGCGGGCCAGCUUGUCCAUACGUCCUGCGUAGGGGGCUUCUGGGAACUGAUGCAAUGCCCCUCCCACGCAGAGAAGCCACGCCCCAGGAGGAAGAUGAUGACAUCGAGCCAUAGUCUCAUACACACCUGAUACCUUCCAGAGCAGCAUCAUCUGUGUAUGUUCUCAGGUUUCCAUGCUGAAGGAAUUUCACUCUUUAAUCAUAAUGUACAUAUCAACGGUGUCUUCUGCUCACCAUGACGCUCGACAGGAUCUGAGCGCUGCCUGUCAUGUGAUGUAGAAUUUAAAGACAUUGAGAUCUCUUUUUUUUUUUUCUGAUUGUUCUCGUCAGCUGAAAGACAAUGCCUUAUUGUGCAUGUUGAUGUCGUAUAGUUUUGAGUGUUGUAGCCGUUUAUAAAUUAGCUCCGAAAUACCAAUGUAAUAUAUUUUUGUUUGCGUAGAGGAGGCGUUAGCCCCUGUUUUAUGAGACUUGAAUUUUGUGAAUAGCCUUAUUUAUUGACAGACACGUCUUGAAGACUUUCCUUUGUGCACUACUGUGAGAGAGAGAAAGAGAGUGUGUGUGUGUGUGUGUGUGUGUGGGGUAUGACUCAGAUCAACCUGAGCCUGUUUCCGAUCCUUGUAUGGCGAUUUACUGUCAGGCUGUUUCUUUCUCUCGGUCAUCUAACAGCUUUAUAAUGCACAGUGGAGUAUUUAUAUCAUUGUCCGCUUGUAAUGAAGCAUUUGAGAAGCUUGGAUACAUUUUUGAUUAGAUUAAUCUAUUUAUCUGAUUCACUGUCAUCUGUGUAUUUGUGUACAUUUGCUUGAAUGUGUUUCUUCUAAAUGUCAAAUGGUUUCAGUUCGGAAUGUU